AUGGCGAAGCUCUUUUCCGGACAUGAUAAGUAUCACUUGCAUGCUGUUUUGGGACUUCUUGCGCUUCUUCACUUUGUCUACAGAUUCUAUAACGUUCUGAUCCUACAGCGGGAGUCCUUCCAGCAGAACAGUUUUUCCGUUGCUUGCCUACUGGUUCACGUGCUGCUGCACGCUCUCAGCUUCCAGUUCGAAUUGCCUCGGAACAGAAUCUGGACGAAGCCUAUGAUCUGGAGGGAGUUUCGCGUGCACAACGCUCUGUUCGCUAUGCGCCAUCUGGUCGCUACUGCCCUCGGCAUUUGGGCCCCGGAUUGGUGGCUGCGGCAGCCAGGCAUUGUCGCCGUAGCUGCCAAGGUGGGCCUAGUGGUAGCUACCUGCAAAGCAGCCGACAUCACGACUGAACAGAUUGGCAGCACGGACGAUCGUACUACCAACGCGAUGCCAUACCCCAAAAAGACACCUGAGACACUUGAGAAGGUUGCCAAAAGAUUCUAUGCCAAGUCGCAGUUUGCAGCAACUUCACUCGCUGCUUUCGGGACUCCCUCCUCAUCAUUCUGCGCGAUUCUGGCAAUUGAGAUUGCCUCCUUCCUCAUGACGCUCGUGCGUAAGGGCAUCAUUGAGGCGAGAACAUACCACAUUCUAUACGCAGCAUCGCUGUUUAUUAUGUUCCCCGUUUUGGUGGCGACUCUACAUUCCGGAGACGCAGUUGCAGAAGCAGCUACGCUCCGAUGUUUAUUUAUCGGGGCCUUGGGCAUCGACAUCCGCAUCAAGUACGGGCUUUCGAAGUACACCGCAUGGCUUGUGGCUAUACCCGCAGGAUAUAUUCUGGCAGACACCUUGUCGAUGUAUGCCAACGUGAAGCUGUUUUUCGCAUGGCCUGGUAUGAUGUGGUCAGCAUCUGACACACUUCGAGGCUUUUUUCAAGCGCGACAGCAGAGCAAUGCCUCCACUGCUGCGCCCGAAGGCCAUGUUUCUGUUUCUGAGAGAAUAACAGCUCGUUCUUGUGCCGCAGUCUGCAUGGCUCCUUUUCCUGUACCACUGUCUGACGGUCUGACCUGGCCAAAUGCUGUUACAGAUACUGCUGCUGGUGUUGCUGCUUUGCUGCUCCACCUUCUACGACUCCCACUGCUCGUAUUGCCGCUGCUGCUACGAUCAUUGUAA